GUCAUCACGUGUCCUCUCUCGGCUCCUCUCGUCUAGUGAUUCAAUCCACUCUCAAGUUUCUCCAUAACCUUAAACAAAUUUUUAAACAGAAAUCUUAACAUUUUUGUUUGAAAAUGUCGAUAAAACGAAAUUGAGCUCCACGCAAAUAAAUUAUUCGUGCGUCUCAAAUAAUUCAUACGCUUCGCCCAGACGUAUCUUCAAAAAAUUUCCAUUUCCGACGCGAGAAAGGAAAAAGUUUAAUUUAUCUUGAACACGCUCGCAAAGCGAAGCGUACAUACAUAAUCUGUCGCAUUGAAACGAAAUAGAACGUUUGCGUUAUGAAUAAAAUGUAGCGUCAAUAAAUCAUCAACGAUUUAAAUUCGAACUUUCGCGAUCGACGAUUAUUGAACUACAGCCAGUGGAUCGGAUGCAUCAUAUUGUGCCUAUAUUUAACCCAAUGCUUCUAUUUACGUCGAAGAUGGUUCGCUGAAAAUAAACGUUCGCGAAUAUACGUUGCGUUGCGUCUAUAAGGCGAUGAACAAGCGGCUUCUGGAUCAUUCUGUGAACGAACGCGAGCUGAGCCGCAAACUACAAUUUUAAAUUGCAGUGACAAAAAAGCUUGAGAGAAUCGUUCAUCGUCACUCUUGGCAGCUUGUUGUAGAAACCCCAGUUAUUUCACCAUGACGAAGUCAGAUAUUACUGCACAGGAGUGGAAAGAGAAGGGUAACGAGGAGUUCAACAAGGGCAAUUGGUCGGAAGCCUUGAGUCACUACACAAACGCGCUGAAAUUAGUGAAGGAGGAUAACGCUGAGACAGCAGUGUACUACAAAAAUCGAGCUGCCGUUUACUUAAAACUAUGCGAUUACGAGAGAGUGAUUAAAGACUGCGACGACGCGCUGAAGAUAUGUUUCAACGAUCCCAAGGCGUUGUUUCGUAGGUGUCAAGCAUUAGAAGCGUUAGGAAGAUUCGAGGAGGCGUACCGGGAUGCGAGGAAUAUUCUUUUAUCUGACCCCGGUAACAAAAUUAUUCAACCCAUAGCGGCACGCUUACACGAAAUUGUACAGGAACGUCAUAAGGAAAAUUCACGUAUUAGUGCCAAGGUAUCACAAAUGCUGGAUCUAGCAUUUAAUGCGAGCGGAGAUAAGGAGAAACGUGAAAUCGCGUUGAAUAAUCUGCUCGUGCUCGCGCGUGAGAGAGCUGGUGCCGAGGAGAUCUUUAAGCAAGAAGGUGUACUCAAAAUAGCGCAACUUGUGAAAGUCGAAAAGAACGUGGAAAUGGUCUGCAGCGCGAUUCGUAUUGUAGGCGAAUUAUGCAAAAACAAUAUUGGUCGAACCGAGUCUAUUAUAAAAGAUAUUGGUUUACCUUGGUUUCUAGAAACGAUGAAUAGCACAUCUACAGAGAGAGUCAACGCGUCUCAGUAUUGCAUACAGAAUAUACUGAACGCUUACAGCGGUAUGGACAAUAAACCCGAUUCGAAGCCCGACAAGGCUUUGUGCGAGGCGCAUAAGAAGGAAAUAGAUACGAUUCUGUCGUGCUUGUUGUACAGUAUAACGAAUAGAACGAUAACGGGUAUUGCGAGGGACGCGAUAAUAGAGCUUGUUAUGCGUAACAUUCAUUACACUGCGUUAGACUGGGCCGAGCGAUUGGUCGAGCUUCGUGGUUUGCAAAGAUUGAUGGAAGUCGCCAGCGAAAUGGAGGAAUACAAAUACGAGUCCUCGAUGGACGUCACGCCGUCCACGCGAACGAUAACCAGCGUGUGCUUAGCUAAGAUAUAUGAGAACAUGUAUUACGACGCUGCCAAGGAGAAAUUCAGCAACGCCAUUGAUGAAUUUAUCAAAGAUAAAUUGCUUUCGCCUGACAUAGAAUCCAAGGUGCGUAUAGUAGUUGCGAUAACAACUUUAUUACUGGGCCCAUUAGACGUUGGAAAUGCAAUUGUGGCUAAAGAAGGAAUCUUGGAGAUGAUUCUCGUUAUGGCGGGAACGGAUGACGUGUUGCAGCAGAAAGUGGCCUGCGAGUGUAUCGUCGCCGCUGCGACCAAAAAGGAUAAAGCCAACGCGAUCAUAAGUCAAGGUGUAAAUAUAUUGAAGAAGUUGUAUCUGUCCAAGGAUGAUUCGAUUCGGGUCCGAGCUUUAGUGGGCCUGUGCAAGUUGGGCAGUUCCGGCGGCACGGACGCGACUAUUAGACCGUUUGCGGACGGAGCGACGAAGAAGUUGGCCGAGGCCUGCAGACGAUUCCUGAUCAAUCCCAAGAAAGAGAAGGACAUGAGGAAAUGGGCCGUGGAAGGCCUGUCGUAUCUCACUUUCGACGCCGAAGUCAAGGAGAAAUUGGUCGAAGACAAGCAAGCCGUUCAGGCGAUGAUCGAGCUCGCCAAGACUGGCGAUCAGUCGGUUCUCUACGGCGUGGUCACGACGUUGGUGAACCUGUGCAACGCUUACGACAAGCAGGAGCUCAUCCCCGAGAUGAUAGAAUUGGCGAAGUUCGCCAAACAUCAUAUUCCCGAGGAGCACGAGCUGGACGACGUCGAUUUCGUGAACAGGAGACUGUGCGUGUUAGCGAACGCCGGUGUGACCAGCGCUCUGGUGAGCCUCGCCAAAACGGACAGUCCGAACAGCAGGGAAUUGAUAGCCCGCGUCUUCAACGCGAUAUGCAGUCAGCUGGAGGUGAGGGGAAUAGUCGUUCAACAGGGUGGCGCGAAGGCGUUGCUGCCGCUGGCGCUGGACGGCACGGACAAGGGAAGGAAGCAGGCCUCGCAAGCUCUGGCGCGGCUGGGGAUCACGAUAAAUCCGGAGGUCGCGUUUCCCGGCCAGAGGAUCAUGGAGGUCGUGCGGCCGUUCGUAAACCUCCUGAACCCGGAGUGCUCCGCCCUCGAGAACUUCGAGGGCCUGAUGGCCCUGUGCAAUCUCGCCAGUGUCAGCGACAGCGUGCGGAAGCGUAUACUGAAGGAGGGGGGCUUCCAGAAGAUCGAGGCCUACAUGUAUGAGGACCACGACAUGCUGAGACGCGCGUCCGCGCAGGUUGUGAACAAUCUGAUAAUGUGCGAGGAGGUGAUUCAGUACUUCGAGAAAGAGAACGAUCGGGUCAAGUAUCUCGUGAUACUGUGCGCGGACGAGGAUCAGGACACCGGCAUCGCGGCGGCCGGAGCUCUGGCGAUGCUGACGUCGGCCAGCCAGAAGGCCUGCGAGAAGGUCUUCGACUCGAAGGACUGGCUGGAAUCGCUGCGCUUCCUGCUCGCCAAUCCGAACAGCGACGUGCAGCACAGGGGUGUCGUGAUCGUGCUGAAUAUGAUGAGAAGCACGAAGGACGUCGCCGCGAAGCUCAUCGAGACGGACAUAAUGGAACUGCUGAUGGCGCUGAGCAAGAACGAGACCGUGCAAAACGAGAUGAUCAGGGAGUUGGCGUCCACUGCUUUGGAGGCUGCCGCGGAGUGGAAACUGAUCAAGAAAAACGUCGAAGAGGACGAACCGACACAGAGUAAUACAGAACACGUUGAUUAAGAAGAAAUUACACGAGAACAUUUAGGCAACAUCAAGUAAGAUUUAAAGGUCGUAUGUGUUCCUAUUUCAAAUCAAGUGCCUUAAACGACGAGAAUGUUAAGAUUCAAUUUCUGUCUAUUUGUCGUUUCAAAAGUAUUCAUACAAUGUACAAUUAUAUAUUCAUGUUUUAUAUCUUUAAAUAUACAAUCUCCGUGCAGAAUACAGUUUAUUUGUUAUAUAAUUUUGCUGAAGUGCGAUAUUAAUAUAUUGUGUGAAAUAAUACAUGCACGGAGAUAAUAUUGUAUAAAAUGUUACUUAAUGAGCCAUAAAUAUAUUUAUAGCAUCAUGAAAUCA